AUGGCGACGGUGGGGCCGCGCAGCGGCCCGCGCGUCGGGGCCGAGGCGCUGGCCCUAGCGGCGGAGUUGCAGGGCGAGGCGACCUGCUCCAUCUGCCUGGAGCUCUUCCGCGAGCCGGUGUCGGUCGAGUGCGGCCACAGCUUCUGCCGCGCCUGCAUCGCGCGCUGCUGGGAGCGUCCGUGCGCGGGGACCGCCGUCCCGGCUGCGCCCCGCACCUCGUCGGCCCCGCUGCCCUGCCCUCAGUGCCGCGAGCCCGCGCGCCCCAGCCAGCUGCGGCCGAACCGCCAGCUCGCCUCGGUGGCGGCGCUGCUGCGGCGCUUCAACUUCCCGGCGGCCGCGCCGGGGGGUCGCGAGCCCUCCGACGGCGCGGGGGUCGGCUGUGCGCUGCACGGCGAGCCACUCAAGCUCUACUGCCAGGACGACGGGCGCCCCAUUUGUGUGGUGUGCGACCGCGCCCGCGAGCACCGAGCGCACGCCGUGCUGCCGCUCGACGAGGCGGUGCAGGAAGCCAAGGAGCUCCUGGAGGCCAAACUGAGGGUUUUGAAGAAGGAUCUGGAGGACUAUGAGGUGUUUCGUUCCACUGAAGAGAAGGAGAGCAAGGAGCUCCUGAAGCAGAUGGCUGCAGAGCGAGAGAAGGUAGGGGCAGAGUUCCAGGCCCUGAGGGCCUUCCUGGUGGAGCAGGAGGGUAGGCUCCUGGGCCGCCUGGAGGAGGUAUCACGGGAGGUGACACAGAAGCAGAAUGAGAACCUGGCCCAGCUGGGGAGUGAGAUUGCCCAGCUCUCCAAGCUGAGUAGCCAGAUCCAGGAGACAACGCGAAAGCCUGACCUUGACUGCCUUCAGGAAUUCAAAAACACACUGAACAGGUGCAGCAAUGUGCCAAGCCCCAAGCCAACCACAGUCUCUUCCGAGAUGAAGAAUAAAGUCUGGAAUGUUUCCCUCAAGACCUUUGUCUUAAAGGGGCUGCUCAAGAAAUUCAAAGAGGAUCUUCGGGGAGAGCUGGAGAAAGAAGAGAAAGUGGAGCUCACCUUGGACCCAGACACCGCUAACCCCCGCCUCAUCCUCUCUCUGGAUCUUAAGAGUGUGCGCCUUGGCCAGCGGGCCCAGGACCUGCCCAUCCACCCGCGCCGCUUUGACACCAACACUCGAGUCCUGGCGUCCUGUGGCUUCUCCUCCGGGCGGCACCACUGGGAGGUGGAAGUAGGCUCCAAGGAUGGCUGGGCCUUUGGAGUGGCCCGGGAGAGUGUGCGCCGCAAGGGCCUCACGCCCUUCACACCUGAGGAGGGUGUCUGGGCGCUGCAACUCAACAAUGGGCAGUACUGGGCGGUGACCAGUCCUGAGCGGACGCCACUCAACUGUGGGCAUCUGUCCCGAGUGCGUGUGGCCCUGGACUUGGAGGUGGGGGCCGUAUCCUUUUAUGCUGCAGAGGACAUGCGACACCUCUACACCUUCCGAGUCAACUUCCACGAGCGUGUGUUUCCCCUUUUCUCUGUCUGCUCCACUGGCACCUACUUGAGAAUCUGGCCUUGAGGAUCAAUGCCCCCAUCCUCCCAGAGAGCCAGUGAAGGACAGACUCCUCCUGUUCCUGGUUGCUGGUGGGAGGGGAUGAGAUCCAGCAGUGGGGAAGCCUCAGGUCCCUUUGGGACUGCCCUCCACACACACCUACUCACGCUACCCCAGAGGGGCUUCCCCCAGUCAAAACAUGGGAGCAUGACGGUGAUCCACUGGGAAGUGGGCUUUUGUCAGCUGAGCAGAGGAGAAAAUACCUUGGACUCUCGGCCCCUGUCUGUUGUCAGCUUAUAGAUUUUGCUUGAAGAGGUGGCUAUGGGUAGGGAAGGAACCCAGUUCCCAAAAGAAGGCCUUCUUAUCACCAGCUUCCCAACUUGACUCAACCGGCUUCUGGUUCCAUGACAGCAGCAAUUCCUGGUCCUGGAUGCUGUCCUUACUUGCACGGAAUUUGGGCUGAGCCAGCCAUGUUCAUAAUCACUUUCACUUUAACUUCUUGUCAGUGACCAGCUCUGCCUUAAGAGAUCUGAAUCUAGCAGGCUGACAAGGUUAUCUACUCAGGGAGGAACACCGUGUUCCCAGCUCAGAGGGCAAUCUGGGCCAGAAUUUGAAAAAAGACCUUUAAUCUGUACAUGAGGGAAAAGUCCAGGACAACAGCACAGGCAUUGCUACUCUCAGUCACCUGUUAGCCUAUUAGUAGAGAGUGAUACGUAUAUCCUCGUCCACAGUGACAGUCUUGUGUUCUCACAGAUGUCUAAACCCCUUUCAAGUGCUAAACGAUCGUCUCCCUUGGGUAAGGAGACCAUGGGUUCUGGAAUUUUGAAUCACAGGACAGAUGCAUAGAAAUGCAUAGAACACAAAUGUGCCUCCUGGAACUUGCCAAAUGUAGCCAAAACCAAAGGACCCUCUUACAAAGGAAUCUGUGCUGGCGUGGGUGUUAUCCCCUUGCCUAAUCCCCUUGGUUAUCCCCAACUUCUGUAUGACUGGGCUUCUGUGAAGGGGUGGUAGACUGUCCCCUGUUUAGUGCUCCCUGGGGAAGUAAAUUGGGGACAUGGAAAUACAGGUAUGAUCUCAUUUCUGGUGUGACUUGCCUCAUUCCUGACUCCUCCAGUCCGAAUUCAAGAGCACAGGUGUUAAGAAGGGUCCCCCGCUGGUGGCUUAGGGGUUAAGUCUCAGAGAUAUCACUGCUACAGUCCACCUGGACAGAUAGCCUGAGCUUGAGACAGCCUGAAUUUGACCCCUGGCCAGGGAGCUAACUCACAUAUGGCAUAGCUGACCUCUCCUGUCUUGCCUGCUGUUCUUAGCAGUAAAUCUGCCUGUUCUGCUCCCCACUCUGUCUCUGGUGAAUCCUUCCCCCCUUCUCCUUGCAUACCCCAAUUCUUCUAUGCAAAAAUAAAUAAAAUCUUAAAGAAAACCCAAGUGUUAACAAGGUUUUCUGCCAGACUGGAUGAACAUGUUUUAUGUACGUGU